AUGAAUUCAUUUUCUGAUUUCUGCAGGGAGAUAUCCCACCCACCGCCUCUGCUUUCACCCCAGAAUGCACCUCAUAUUGCCCUGGGGCCCCACUUGAGACCACCUUUCCUCGGGGUGCCUUCAGCUCUGUGCCAGACACCAGGUUAUGGGUUCCUACAGCCAGCACAAGCAGAGAUGUUUGCACGGCAGCAAGAGAUGCUACGAAAGCAAAACCUGGCAAGGUUGGAGAUGUCGGCCGAGAUCAUCCGCCAGAAGGAACUGGAGAAUCUCCACAGGCAAAGGCUACUGGCUGGCGACCCGCUGAGCCUGCAUCCCGGCUUGCCCCCAGACCACCCGGCCCUGCGUAACGUGCACGACAUCCCCGAGGGGCACCCGCUGCGGGAGGAGCUCUCCCGGAGGAACGCCAUGCUGGUGCUGCGGCACAAUAACACUCCCCUGCUAUCCCUCAACCCCAGCGUCCCCAGCAGUGCCACACCGCCCAAGGAGCAGCCCCGGCGGGGCAACCGAAAAUCGACACAUCACCGCGCUGAGCCGCAGGGGCUGAGCGAGGCCAAGGAGCUGGCGGAGCCCCGGGUGCGGGAUGGGGCACCAGACUGUAACGAUGAGGAGAUGAAGGACUCUGAGAGCGACGCGGAUGUGAGUGACGAGAAGCCGGAGAGCCUGAAGGCUGAGAGCAGCAGCUCAACUGCUGAGCUUAAAGAGUGCAAAGAGACGGGGAAAGUCUGCGAAGGGGCCAAGGAGCUGGGUGAAGCGGCUGUUGGCCAAAAUGCCCCCUGCAGCUCCUCGAGCGCCGAGUCCCCCAGCCAUUUGCUUGGCCCGGGCAUCAACAAAAACGAGGUGAAAUAUCUCCCGCCAGCCUCCAUCCCACCACCUCAGCCGCUGCCCUUCGGAUUCCCGUACACGAUGAGCCCGUACUUCCAUGCAGGCACCAUGGGAGGUCUCUUUCUGGAUGGUGAGGAAAGCCCUGCGCUGGAAGACAUCAGCAAAUGGACGGUGGAGGAUGUAUGCAGCUUUGUGUCCAACUUGUCCGGCUGCACCGAGUACACUCAGGUAUUCCGAGAGCAAGCGAUUGAUGGCGAGACCCUGCCCCUACUGACGGAAGAGCACUUACUGAACAAUAUGGGGCUGAAACUCGGACCUGCACUGAAGAUAAGGUCACAGGUCGCCAAGAGAGUGGGCAGAGUUCUGUACAUGGCAGGCUUCCCCAUGGCUUUCCCACUGCAACCUCCCGGUUUACGGCCACCAGAGCGGGACCUGCCCGCAGGCGGUCUCCGCCGGCCCGCAGCCGAUCUCCGGCCAUCCUCCACGGGCAGCGUGGCCUCCCCCUUCAGCAGUGGCCUGCCCUCCGCCAGCCGCGUCUCACCAAAGCAGGAAAAUGGAAACCCCUCCAUCAUUGCUGGGAUCAAUGACACCACGAAACCUCCAUCUUAA